AUGGUAGAGUGUUUCUUUCGAAAACCUGACUGGAAAACCGAAAAUCGACCUGUUCGUCAACAAAUACUGCGUUCAACUUAUUUAUUAAGACGAAAAAAUUCUAAAAUAUAUAUUGUCGAAGAUUUAACCAAACGUACGUUGGAUUUGUUUCACGCUGCACGUGAUGCAGCUGGUGUAUCUGAGAAAAAAAUGAUUGUCACUAGAAAUGGUCAUGUUUAUCGAAAGGUAUCAGAUAAUUCAUUAAAAAAGGUAACUGUAGCUGAGAUUGUAGUUACUCAACACCAGCAAAAACAACAGCAAUCCCAGACCGGUCCUUCAACGUCAUCUACAGGUGACGCGGAUAUGGUACUUAAGGACAGACUAGAUGAUGACCUAGUUCAGGUAAUUAGUCGAGAGCAAGAACUAGCUAGUGCUUAG